AAGAGCUUCGAUGACGUCACGGCAGCCAGCGCCCCACUGAGCUGUGGCCACACGCACGCGCGUCCUGACGCAGGCACGCGCAACACGAGUUGGAGCACGCGUCGGUGAGAGAAGAGGAAGAAAAACGGUAAAGGCGAGACAUCAAGUCAAGAUAUGGCGUAACAGCGGACGUAGGCGGUCAUAAAUUGCAUCUUCUGAACGACACGGAAGGAUUUACGUCCGAGACCGUCAUUUAUUUCUUUUUUCAUUUUAUUUUUAAAGGCGGCAUUUUGUUCUUUUCCAUCACCGACAUGAUUUAGUGAGCUGUUGCCCCUAUUUCACGUCCGGAAUUAGUGUUAGUAGCCCACCGUAGCGUGCUAACACCACCGCCGACAUGUCAGACAACCAGAGCUGGAACUCGUCGGGUUCCGAAGAGGAUUCGGAGCCCAGAGAGGAGACCGGGAACUUGGUGGGCGUCGGCGUGUUCAGCGGGGUCCUCAGCAAGUGGACCAACUACAUCCACGGAUGGCAGGACCGCUGGGUGGUGCUGAAGAACAACACGCUCAGCUACUACAAAUCGCAGGAUGAAACUGAGUACGGUUGCCGUGGCUCGUUGUGCCUCAGCAAGGCCGUUGUCACGCCCCACGAGUUUGACGAGUGCAGGCUGGACAUCAGCGUCAACGACAGCGUGUGGUACCUGAGGGCCCAGGACCCCGAGCACAGGCGACUCUGGAUCGACUCCAUCGAGCUGCACAGGCGUGUCAGAGAGGGGACGAGAGACAACGGAAGAGUCCAGGCUAUGAUUUUCAUCCCUCCACCACUGGCCGAUCCCGGCUACGGUUCCGAAUCCAGCCUUCGGCGACACGGCUCCAUGCUGUCGCUCACUUCGGCCACCAGCGGCUACUCGGCCACAUCCACUUCCUCUUUCAAGAAGGGUCACAGCCUGAGGGAGAAGCUGGCGGAGAUGGAGACAUUCCGAGACAUCUUGUGCCGACAGGUGGACACGCUGCAGAGAUACUUUGACGGCUGUGCAGACGCCGUGUCCAAGGACGAACUGCAGAGAGACAAGAUCGUGGAGGACGAUGAGGACGAUUUUCCCAGCACCCGCACCGACGGAGAGUUUCUUCACAACAGCAGCAACAGCGCCAAAGACAAACUUUUCCACUGCUCCAAUCCGAAGGCGGUGAACGGCAUCGACUUCAAAGGCGAGGCCAUCACGUUCAAGGCCACCACCGCCGGCAUCCUCGCCACUCUGUCGCACUGCAUCGACCUGAUGGUCAAGCGAGAGGACAGCUGGCAAAAAAGGCUGGACAAGGAGAUGGAAAAAAGAAGAAGAAUCGAGGAAAGCUACAAAUCGGCUCUCAACGACCUGAAGAAAAAGUCCCACUUUGGAGGUCCAGAUUAUGAGGAGGGUCCAAACAGCCUCAUCAACGAAGAGGAGUUCUUCGACGCGGUCGAAGCCGCUCUCGACCGCCAGGACAAAAUUGAACAGUGUCAGACGGAGAAGACCAAAAUCCAGAGAUCGAGUCCACUUCCACCAGCAGACUGCUUCUCCAGCUCGGGCUCUCACAGAUUAUCCGAGCAGGUGGAGGAGAUGGUGCAGAGUCACAUGACCUACUCACUCCAGGACGUCGGCGGCGACGCUAACUGGCAGCUGGUAGUGGAGGAAGGCGAGAUGAAGGUUUACAGGAGGGAAGUGGAGGAAAACGGCAUCGUACUGGACCCUCUGAAGGCCACGCACUCGGUGAAGGGUGUGACGGGACACGAGGUGUGCCACUACUUCUGGGACACGGCCUACCGCAACGACUGGGAGACCACCAUUGAGAACUUCAACAUCGUAGAGACGCUAUCGGAGAAUGCUGUCAUUGUCUAUCAGACACACAAGAGGGUGUGGCCCGCCUCCCAGCGUGACGUUCUGUACCUAUCGGCCAUGCGCAAGAUGGUGGCCAGCAACGAGAGCGACCCCGACACGUGGCUGGUGUGCAACUUCUCCGUGGACCACCACGAUGCGCAGCCGAGCAGCCGCUGUGUUCGAGCCAAGAUCAACAUCGCCAUGAUCUGCCAGACUUUGGUCAGUCCACCAGAGGGCAACAAGGAGAUCAGCAGAGACAACGUGCUUUGUAAAAUCACUUAUGUGGCCAAUGUGAAUCCCGGAGGCUGGGCGCCAGCCUCGGUGUUGCGGGCGGUGGCCAAGAGAGAGUACCCCAAGUUCCUGAAGCGCUUCACCUCUUACGUACAAGAGAAGACCGCCGGCAAGCCAAUCUUGUUCUGAUCCUCUCUUGCAACGUUACAUCGUUAUUGUUCCAAGUCAUGUUGAGGCCGCACUGGAGAGGAUUAAAAAAAAAAAAAAAAAAAGAUUACCAUUUACUGUAGUGGUAGUCUUUCUUUUUUUUUUUUUUUCCUUAUCACUGUGAGCCGAAUACUGCUUGGUGUUAUUGUCAUUCAGCAGAAUUCCUUCCCAGCUGCCAAUCCGCUCCAGCAACUUUUCAAAUUGCCCAGUACCUCAAUGCAAAUUGCAUUAAAGUGAUGUGUACGUAUGUUCUAUAAGUACAGUGUAAGAAGCUCUAAGAGACUUUAUCUUUGCUAUUAGACUGUUUUAGACUUGCAGCUUUCUUUGCUACAUGGUCAGAUGAUUUGUUUACUUGUUUCAAGAACACUGAGGGGACCGCCGUGAUGAACGGAAGACCCCUAUGACGUAAAAUGCUAAUCCCGCUCAUGAAUGCGCCUGAUUUCCAGCGCACAAGGCGGGACCAGGCCACCUAAAUUUUGAAGCGUGUCGUAUAGGCUUUUUUGUUGUCGUCUUGACGAAGUGGAGCCCAAAAUGCCUUCAUGGGUUAGUUCGAGGGGAGGUUGCAAGAAUUCGACACCUGUGAUGUCAACGGACAAGUGCCCAUGUCCUGUAUAGAGAAGUUUUUUUACAAACUGCAUUGUUAUAAUGUUCGAUUGACUUCUUGACUCCAAUGAAGCACUUUACUAAUUCAUUUGUUUGUGCGUUUUUACCCUGCUGUUAUGUUGAUGGUUAAAUUGACCGAUCUAUUUCAAAUAUUUUUCCUCUCAUUUGUUUCUAAAAGAAUAACCCACAUCUUUUUUAAAGCUAUAAUUUGCCAAAAAUCUCAGAGGUUAUACAAACUUGAUUUUUUUUUUCUUGCAAAAAUCAGGCGUCUUUCUUUUUUCCUCAAAAUAGAUGCAAUUGUUUUCUACAAAGAGCUUUUUUUCUCCUCAAUAAAUACUUUUCUAUACUUUUCUCAAAACCCCUGUUAUAAAUUGUCAGACAAUCUAAUUGACCCAUUUGCUUUUUAAAAACAAUUAUUCAAUUGACUUCACAUGAGACUUAACAGUUGUGUAAAGUGGAGAAUGGCCCACAUAACAGCAAGAUGUUGGGAUGGUUUGGAUCCACAUUUCGAGAUAAGUUGCUCAAUGAUGACCUAUCGUCUGGCACAUCAUUUCUAAAUGUUUGCUAGAUGUUUGCUGGUUAAAUGUACUUGGAGUACAUGCACUGUAUAUAGUUUAUGCAUACUAAUGCUUUGCUAACUUAAAAGUACUCUUGCCAGAUUUCCCUGUGGAGAAAUAAAAAUGUUUGACCAAC